UCCUCGAUACUCAAUCCUGUGUAAUUUGGAGUAUCAGCUACAAUGGCUGAUGAGGCUGGUUCAUCAUCAAGUACUAGUAGAGCUCAUGGCAAGAGACUAUGGUGUAUGAUGCCUGAACGUGCCCGGAUUCACAUGGCAUUGACUGCCUUGCAGUUCAGUUAUGCAGGGCAACAUGUCAUCCUCAGAACUGUGCUUAACAUGGGUGUAAGCAAGCUUGUGUUCCCAGUUUACAGGAACAUCAUCGCGCUGCUUCUGCUCGGUCCCUUUGCAUACUUUCUAGAGAAGAAAGAUAGACCACCACUAAAUUUUGGCCUUGUCAUGCAGUUUUUCCUCAUGGGACUUCUUGGGAUCACAUGCAAUCAAGGAUUGUACCUCUUGGGUUUGGAAAACACUUCGCCAACAUUUUCUUCUGCAAUAGAGAAUGCAGUCCCUGCAAUUACAUUUUUCAUGGCUGCACUAUUCAGGCAAAUAUUGUUCAUCGGACUAGUAGCAAUUCGUGCUAGCUCAUUUGUAUAUGCUUCUGUAGGAAGCGUUUUAAUUGAACAAGUUCACUUGAAUAGAAAAGAUGGCAAAGCCAAGGUGCUUGGAACUCUGGCUUCUGUUGCUGGAGCCUCAGUCAUAACCAUUUACAAAGGGCCAACAAUUUAUGGACCCCCAAGUGAUUCACAAUAUUUAAACCAAUCUCAUUCUCUGUUCUCAUCAUUUGGAGAUGCCAAGGAGAAGAAUUGGACCUUGGGAUGCAUAUGUCUAAUUGGUCAUUGCCUGUGUUGGUCUAGCUGGAUUGUGCUACAAGCACCGGUUUUGAAGAAAUACCCAGCUCGCCUUUCAGUCACCUCAUUGUAA